AUGCGGCGGCAGCAGGGCAUGCGACUCGAUGAGAGGUACGUCCUGUACCUGCAGAUGGCCGGAUUAUACCAUCUUGCAAGGCUGAAUGAUAGAUGGUUCAGAUUGGAUGAGCCUCUUGUCAAUGCUUUCGUCGAGCGGUGGCGUCCGGAGACGUACACGUUCCACAUGCCAUUCGGGGAGUGCACCAUCACACUACAGGACGCGGCGUACCAGCAGGGCUUGCCGGUCGACAGACGUUAUGUGAGUGGUUACUUGACAGACUUCCAGAUAUACAUCCAAGGUGGCCGUCCUGCCUGGGUGUGGUUCCAGGAGUUGCUUGGUGUGUUACCUCCUGUUAACCAAAUUCAGAAGUUCGCAGUGAACUGCACCUGGUUCCAGGAGACUUUUGGAGAGUGCCCCAAGGGAGCCGACGAUGAGAUAGUGAGGUACUACGCUCGUGCCUAUAUCAUGAUACUGUUGGGCACUCAGUUGUUUGCCGACAAGUCCGGCAACCGUAUUCACAUCAUAUGGCUACCCAACGUAGCUAGGCUUGAGGAGAUGGGUGGCUACAGCUGGGGGUCGGCAGCACUAGCGUGGUUGUACCGGUGUAUUGCCGAGUGGCCAACAGACAAGUGGUGA